AUGAGAACAACUGUACUUCUAGGUUUGGCUGCCCUUGUUGGCGUUGCUUCAUGCGGUGGUUAUGGAGCGCAAGCCUAUGGCAUGGGAGGUGGUGGUGGUGGAUACGGUCGCCCUUCUUAUGGCAACGGUUACAAUAAUGGAGGAGGAUUCAAUAGUUAUGGAAAUGGUGGAGGAUUUGGAGGUAACAACUACAAUAAUGGACCACCACCAUUCGAUGGAGGAUUCAAUAGACCUUAUGGAGGAGGAGGCGGUGGAUAUGGAAGACCACAAGGAUGCCAAUGGUCAAGCCAUACAACUCGUAUGCCGGACCACCAAGAAACAGCUACGUUCGAUAUGGAGGAAAAUAAAUUUUUUUCUUUUAAAUGUUUUCAUUUCAUCCUUACUAACCAUGUUUGCAUCUUGCUUGCCCUGUCAUCUCAAAGUUUCGGUUCACUUCAUCACACAAGGAAAUAA